ACUUUGCUUGUUUCUCUUUUUGUCUCUUUCUUAUCCUCUUCAUCUUCUUACUCCUACAGUUAUUUAGUGGAGUGCUGAGGCCCAUGUUGGUCACAAGCCCUUCAUUGUUUCUGCAUCGGACUGAUAACUCUCAAUACUCUCCCCUGAUCUCAGUGAAUUAUGGAAGAAUCCAGUGUACAAACUCAAUUUCUAGGAGAUGAAAAUGAGAGGGAAAACCCAGCUUCUUCUAAGACUGCUCUUGAGGUAUCAGUUUCAUUUGGUAGAUUUGAAAAUGAGUCAUUGUCUUGGGAGAGAUGGUCAUCUUUCUCACAGAACAAAUACCUGGAAGAAGUUGAGAAGUGUUCAACCCCUGGAUCGGUGGCUGAGAAGAAGGCUUAUUUUGAAGCCCAUUACAAAAAGAUUGCAGCACGAAUGGCUGAAGAACUAGGACAGGAAGUGCGAAUGGAAGCUCACACCUUGGGAUCAGAUGAGAGAAUUUCUGGAGAUCUAGGCAACAAUGGUUGUGAGUUUAAUACUGAACAACUGGGACAGGAAGUGCGAAUGGAAGCUCACACCUUGGGAUCUGAUGAGAGAAUUUCCGGAGAUCUACUCACCAAUGGUUGUGAGUUCAAGACUGAAUCCAGUCCAUCAAUAACUGAUGCAAGGGAGCCAACAACCAAUUCGCUCAGUUUUGUUAGUAGCUCCAACACCGAUGAGUCGGAGGACGCUGAAGUCACUGACUCAAACAAGGAAGCUGCACUCGAUGUGGACUGCCGAGGCACAUUCGAUGAGGAGGUGAAAGAAGAGUUGGAAGGAAGAUUUGAUAGUCCAAAAUCAAAUACACUGGAAAUGGGUAUUUUGGUAGAAGAAAACAGCCCAAUGAGAUCUCAGGCCACAAUGUUACUUCCACAACAAUUGGGCAAUGGCACAGUCAACAACAAGAAGAACAAGGUGGAGGAUUCCAAAUUGAAGCUGCCGAAGGAAUCUCAGAAGGAUUUGAUGUUUCAGAGGACACCAGCUUCUAAGAAAAAGAGUUCGACAAGAACAAAGAACAACCCAGCAUCCCAUACACCAAAAUCACCACAGAUCUCAAUCCCUGAAACAUCAUCAAAGCCUAGACUAGCUUCUGCUGUGAUGUCUACCACUCAAACUCCAGUUACUAAGGGAAGCAGAUCAUCCUUGCAGACGAGCCGGAACCUUUCCACAGUAGAAAGCAGGAGAUCAACUAAAACCUUCUUAUCCAAGUCCCUUGUUUUGCAGUCUGAAAAUUCUAAAUCAGGUUCUCUUAUGACGACAAGAAAGUCUUUCAUAAUGGAGAAGAUGGGAGAUAAGGAAAUUGUUAAGCGGGCAUUUAAAGCAUUUCAAAAUAGUUUCAACCAAUUAAGACCUACCAUUGAAACAGAACUUUCUGCUGCUAAGCAGGUCCCCACAGAGGUGAAAGGGCAAAGUAAAACUGCUUUGGUGACUAGGAAAAAAGAACUUGAAAGAACAAGGAAUGCGGUGGAGGAUGUGAGAACUCCAAGAACAAGAACACAGAUGGGUGCAAGGCAAAACUCUGUUUCAGCAAGGCCCCUCAAAGCAGCUUCUGUAGAUCAUUUGCAAUCUGCCUCAUCUUCUCCAUUUGUCCUGAGAAGUAGUGAAAGAGCAGAGAAACGAAAGGAGUUCUUUAAGAAGUUGGAGGAGAAAUCUAAUGCUAAGGAGGUGGAGAAGAUGCAACUCCAGUCAAAAUCUAAGGAGGAAAAAGACGCAGGAAUACGAAAGCUAAGACAGAGCCUUAAUUUUAAAGCUACACCUAUGCCAGAUUUUUAUGGUGGUCAAGUGUCAAAAAACCCUGUCAAAUAAGGCAAUUUGACUUGUCAGGAUACCUCAUGGACCAGCGUCAGAUAGGUGAUGAGUUUCAUGCAUACCCUACAUAAGGCUGGGACUAAGUAGGAAUCUUCAUGGCCCUCAAAACAGAAAAAGAAAUGAUUUUAUACAAAAUGGGUAAAAUGAUCAUACAUGCAUUUUGGAGGUAAACUAGAAAACUACAUUGGUCAAGAGAUACACAGAGAUGUACUUAUUAGAUUGAAAUCAGAACCACAGUACAUUAAUUAAUCGUCAAUGAGUGACAAACUGGAUAUAUGUAGCGAUCCCCUUGUUAAUUCUUCUUGUAUUUAAGGGUUCUACUGGUAAUGUAAAAAGGAUCAAAGGCAUUGGAGCAGGUUCCAUACUUGUGUUGUAUUCAGACAGUGCAUGUAAAAACAAUAGUAGUUUGGGCUUUCGUUUAUUU